UGAUAUCGAAUCUGAAUCAUCUAAUAAAGAACAUUCUUUAAUAAAUUCUGAUACUUGGAUCGAUGAUUACAGAAAACGGCUUCUAACACCAGCAGAUAUGCAUCUGAAAAAAAAGAAAACUACUCAUACAAGCGUUUAUGUUAAACGAAUUGAUAAUAAAAAAUUAUUUCCUCCAACAGUUUUACCAGAUAAAGAUAAUGAAAUAAAUAAAUUGAUCAAACUAUCUAUUCCUGAUGAAUAUAGCACAGAAAUAUCACAUUGGAGAAAGGCUUUCAAUUUGGUUGUGCUUGUAAUAGAAAGUAAAGAUAUUUGUCUUGAAGAUUUUUUUGAAGAAAUAAGAGAUUUGAAUUUUACAUUUAAUUAUCUUCAAGAAGUUGAUCCAGUGGAUUUUAAGACUUUACUUGAAAAAAUA